AUGCCCUCUUCCAAUGCGUGCGUAUGGCAACGGCCUGUAGCGAGGCUGUGUGUGAUCUGGGAGGGGGUUGUUGAGUCGGCGACUGCAGCCUACGCCAACUACUACAACGGAGGCGCGUCGCUGUGCCACUGGCCGGCGCAGGCCCCUCAGCGUCACCUCUCGGUCGAGGCCAUCAUUGAGCAGAUCGAUGGCCUCGCUGCUCAGCAGGCUGAGAAGCUGGGGGAUAUAUUGACGGCGCGUGGAAAAGUUGGGUCAGCCCCAGCUGUUGAGGAGGCGGCGGCGGAGAAGGAGGAGGCCGAGGGCCAGGGCCAGGCGGAGGAGAUGGAGAUGGAGAUGGAUUAUGCUGGUGGUGUGGGCAACAGUCCUGUGGGUCCCUCGGGCGGCGCUGCCAGUGAACGAAACGAUGACCUGGCAGCGGCCGGCCAGGAGAAGGACACAUAUGGAGAGUCAUCGUCUCUAUCAGAUUGCCCGAUCCCUGUGCGCACGCCCAGCCCGCCAGCGCCGCCGCAGCAGCCCUCUGGCCACCAGGGGACUCCGUCGUCUGCUAGGCGACGGCCUCUGCUUAGUUCGAGGCCUCCUCUUUCUAAUGCAGAGGAUAUCGCUGCUGAGGCGCGCAAGCUGGCGACCUCCUCUUGGCUCUCAAAGGGCCGCCGGAGGUAG